GGGCCGGCGGUCCGGCGGCGGCGGGUGGAGCGGCGGCGCCCGGAGCGGCGGCGCCCGGGCCAUGCACUCCCUCGCCCAGGAGAUCCGCAGCUUCUCCCGGGCCAACCUGCGGAAGCAGCGCACCCGCGUAACGACGCUGAGCGGCAGGAGGAUCAUCGAGACGUGGCGCGGCGCCUGCCUGCAGGUGGAGGAGGAGGAGGGGGCGGCGGCGGCGCCCGGCGGCGGCUACGUGCAGGACCUCAGCGCCGACCUCCAGGUCGGCGUCGUGAAGCCCUGGUUGCUGCUGGGGUCGCAGGAUGCUGCUCACGACUUGGAGACGAUGAAAAAGUAUAAGGUUACUCAUGUUCUAAAUGUGGCCUACGGAGUUCAAAACGCCUUCCUCAAUGACUUUAUAUACAAGACCAUUUCUAUUCUGGACCUCCCAGAAACUGAUAUUACCUCCUAUUUCCCAGAAUGUUUUGAGUUUAUUGAGAAAGCCAAGAUCCAGGAUGGUGUAGUUCUGGUCCACUGUAAUGCAGGAGUCUCCCGUGCAGCGGCAGUAGUCAUCGGUUUUCUAAUGUAUUCAGAAAGACUGAAUUUUGCUACAGCCUUUUCCAUGGUGAAAAAUGCAAGGCCUGCAGCUUGUCCAAAUCCUGGCUUCAUGGAACAGCUUCACAAGUACCAAGAACAGAAUAUAAAGGCAAAUGGAAGCAUAAAUGAUCAUGACUGAUCGAAAGGGAGAAGUGACAUGAUCUGUUUUGACUAUACAGUAGCAGAUGUUGUAUGUACUUUGAUCUGUCAUUUUGCAGUCCCCUUUCACAUGCGCUUUUUAAAGUCUUUCCAUACUUUUUUUCUUACCCCGCUUUGACCCUCUUUUUUUUCAGCAUGUAGUCCAAAUGCCAAAUGGUAUUCCACUGACUACCGAGAUGAUUUUGCCCAAGAACAAGCUCUUCCUAGAAUGCUAAUAAACCCAUAAAUUUCAAUUUUCCUUGAAAUACUAGGGAAAACCAGAAUGGUGUUUUUUUUAUUGAACCGUCAGAAAAUACAGGCAAUAGAGAAGGGAAAUAAAGUAAGUGAGAUAAGUUGCCCUGUUUACUUUAAUACUAAACCAAAUCUGUGCAUUCUAGUUGUUGUAAAAUCUAGAUAAUAAAAUGUACUAAACUACUUUGA